UUUCUUUCUCUUUUUGCAUGUGCUUUUUAAUUUUUUAAAAAUAUGCAUAACAUUUCCUUGAAUUCUAUUAAUGGACCUCAAUGCUUUAAAAAAAAUUUUUGAUAUAAAAAUAAAAACUCAGUCUGAAUGUGAUGGUUCAUGCCUAUAAUCCCAGUACUUUGGGAGGCUGAGUUUGUAGGAUUCAUUGAGCCCAAGAGUUUGAGACCAGUUUGGACUACACAGUGAGGCUUCAUCUCUACAAAUAAAAAUAUAAUAACAAAUUAGCUGAACAUGGGGGCACCUGCCAGUCGUCCCAGCUUGCUCCAGCCUGGAUUGCUGAGGCUGCAGUGAGCUGCAGUCAUGCCACUGCACUCCAGCCUGGGUAGCAGAGACUCCCUUUCAAGAAAAAGAAAAAACAAAACAAAACAAAAAAAACCCACAGAGAAUCAAUAAUAAAAUAUUCAAUGUAAUGCUUCCUACUCAAAGGACCAGAAGCCAGGAAGGUCAUAAAAGCUGAAAUUUAAAAACAAUUAUUUUCAUUUUUUAGUAGCCAUAUAGUAUAUUAUUUAUAAGUGCGUAUGACCUUAUACACAACGUUAAAAGCAGAUACCCUCUGGGGUGGGCCUGCUCAGCUCAGGGAGGAAGCCCUGCCUGAAAAGGCUGCAGCCUAGGCUGUCACUCUUUCCUCAUUCAGUCCAGCGUCUGAUCACAUCUUCCUUCACUCAGGGUUUGAGGGGGCAGGACCUUAGAAGUUGUCCAAUCAGGGACGCUGGGCUGGAAACCGUCCAAUCAGGCACGCGGCAGAGGCGGACAGGGCGGCUUCCGGGAUGUGGCGGGGCCUUUGUCUCUGGGUGCAGUCGGAGCUCCGUGUUUCGUCUUCACUCUUCUGUGUCCUCUGCUCCUAGGGGCGGAUCCUCUGUGGCCCUGUGACCUGCAGGUAUUGGGGGAUCCACAGCUAAAGACGCCAGGACCCUCCGGAAGCCUAGAAAUGGUAUUGCUGUCUCUAAACCAGACCUGAUCACCUGUCUGGAGCAAGAAAAAGAGCCUUGGGAGCCUAUGAGGAGACAUGAAAUGGUAGCCAAACCCUCAGUUAUGUGUUCUCAUGUUGCCCAAGACUUUUGGCCAGAGCAGCAUAUAAAACAUCCUUUCCAAAAAGUGACACUGAGAAGAUAUAAAAACUGUGGACAUAAAAAUGUACAUUUAAAAAAAGACUGUAAAAGUGUGGAUGAGUGUAAGGUGCGCAGAGGAGGUUAUAAUGGAUUUAACCAAUGUUUGCCAGCUACCCAGAGCAACAUAUUUCUAUUUGACAAAUGUGUGAAAACCUUUCAUGAAUUUUCAAAUUCAAACAGACAUAAGAUAAGCCAUACUGAAAGAAAACUUUUCAAAUGCAAAGAAUGUGACAAAUCAUUUUGCAUGCUUUCACAGCUAACUCAACAUAAAAUAAUUCAUACCAGAGUGAAUUUCUGCAAAUGUGAAAAAUAUGGAAAAGCUUUUAACUGGCCUUCAAUCAUCACUAAAUGUAAGAGAAUUAAUACUGGAGAGAAACCCUAUACAUGUGAAGAAUGUGGCAAAGUCUUUAACUGGUCCUCACACCUUACUACGCAUAAAAAAAUUUAUACUAGAUACAAACUCUACAAAUGUGAAGAAUGUGGCAAAGCUUUUAACAAGUCCUCAAUCCUUACUACUCAUAAGAUAAUUCACACUGGAAAGAAGUUCUACAAAUGUGAAGAAUGUGCCAAAGCUUUUAACCAAUCCUCAAACCUUAGUGAACAUAAGAAAAUUCAUCCUAGGGAGAGACUUUACAAAUGUGAAGAAUGUGGGAAAGCCUUUAAUUGGCCCUCAACUCUUAUUAAACAUAAGAGAAUUCAUACUGGAGAGAAACCCUACACAUGUGAAGAAUGUGGCAAAGCCUUUAACCAGUUCUCAAACCUUACUACACAUAAGAGAAUCCAUACUGCAGAGAAAUUCUACAAAUGUACAGAAUGUGGUGAAGCUUUUAGCCGCUCCUCAAACCUUACUAAACAUAAGAAAAUUCAUACUGAAAAGAAACCCUACAAAUGUGAAGAAUGUGGCAAAGCUUUUAAGUGGUCCUCAAAGCUUACUGAACAUAAGUUAACUCAUACAGGAGAGAAACCCUACAAAUGUGAAGAAUGUGGGAAAGCCUUUAACUGGCCCUCAACCCUUACUAAACAUAACAGAAUUCAUACUGGAGAGAAACCCUACAAAUGUGAAGUAUGUGGCAAAGCCUUUAACCAGUUCUCAAACCUUACUACACAUAAGAGAAUUCAUACUGCAGAGAAACCCUACAAAUGUGAAGAAUGUGGCAAAGCUUUUAGCCGGUCCUCAAACCUUAGUAAACAUAGGAAAAUUCACAUUGAAAAGAAACCCUACAAAUGUGAAGAAUGUGGCAAAGCUUUUAAGUGGUCCUCAAAGCUUACUGAACAUAAGAUAACUCAUAGUGGAGAGAAACCCUACAAAUGUGAAGAAUGUGGCAAAGCUUUUAACCAUUUCUCAAUCCUUACCAAACAUAAGAGGAUUCAUACUGGAGAGAAACCCUACAAGUGUGAAGAAUGUGGCAAAGCUUUUACCCAAUCCUCAAACCUUACUACACAUAAGAAAAUUCAUACUGGAGAGAAAUUCUACAAAUGCGAAGAAUGUGGUAAAGCUUUUACCCAAUCUUCAAACCUUACUACACAUAAAAAAAUUCAUACCGGAGGAAAACCCUACAAAUGUGAAGAAUGUGGUAAAGCUUUUAACCAGUUCUCAACUCUUACUAAACAUAAGAUAAUUCACACUGAGGAGAAACCCUACAAAUGUGAAAAAUGUGGCAAAGCCUUUAAGUGGUCUUCAACCCUUACUAAACAUAAGAUAAUUCAUACUGGAGAGAAACCCUACAAAUGUGAAGAAUGUGGCAAAGCUUUUAAACUGUCUUCAACCCUUUCUACACAUAAGAUUAUUCAUACUGGAGAGAAACCCUACAAAUGUGAAAAGUGUGGCAAAGCUUUUAACCGAUCCUCAAACCUUAUUGAACAUAAGAAAAUUCAUACUGGAAAGCAACCCUACAAAUGUGAAGAAUGUGGCAAAGCAUUUAACUAUUCCUCACACCUUAAUACACACAAGAGAAUUCAUACUAAAGAACAACCCUACAAAUGUAAAGAAUGUGGCAAAGCUUUCAACCAAUAUUCAAACCUUACUACACAUAACAAAAUUCAUACUGGAGAGAAACUCUACAAACCUGAAGAUGUGACAGUGAUUUUGACAACACCUCAAACUUUUUAAAACAUAAAAUUAAUUAUACUGGUGAGAAAUUCUAGAAAUGUAAAGAAUGUGACAAAGCCUCUACAUGGUUGUCACACUUGAUUGUAGGUAAGAUAAUUUAUAUUGGAGUAAACUUCUACAAGUAUGAAGAAUGUGGCAGAACUUUUAAUUAAUGCUCAUACCUUAUUGCACAGGAAAUAAUUUUUACUUGGGAAAAGGUGUAUACACAAAGAAUGUGGAAAAGCCAUUAAUAUCUGCUCAUAUCUUACUCAACAUCAGAGAGUCAGUACUUAAUAAAACCAUUAUAGAUGCAAGUAGUGUCAAAAGAUCUUUCAGAAAAUAUAAGCCUUUAAAGUGAAGAAGAGAAUUCAUUCUGAAGACAAACAUUACAAAUACAAAGAGGGUUGUAGUAUACCAUUACGUGUAUCACAGAUCUUAUUGUACACAUUUUGUACUAAAGAAAACCCUGAAGCAGUUGCUCAAAUAUUGUUCAACAUCAGAAAAUUUAUAUUGGAAAAACCUGGAAAAUGUAAUAAAUUUGUAAAAACAGUUUUGAAAAACUACAGCUUAUAAAACAUGAGGGUCUAUAGUACUUGGUUGAUAGUACAAAGUUUGUUCAACACCAGGGAAUUUAUAUUGCAGAGAAACCCUACAAAUGUAAUCAGUUUGGAAAAACAUUUUUUCAAAAACCACAGCAUAGAAAACACCAGAGGGUUCAUACUAAAAUAUAUUUUUGCAGAUGCAGUAAAUAUGAAAAAAAUGUAAUCCUAAAUUAAGCUUGUGUAAACAUCUGAGAAUUCACAGUGGAAAUAUCUAAGGCAUGGACACUUCAGAUGUUACACUAAAUCAGUGCUAAGUACAGAAAACAACCCAAAAUAAUACUUGGUGGAUAAAUUGUAUAUAACAUUAAAGUAGAAAAUUUUCAGAGUUAUAACUACAUUUAAAGUAUACUUUUAUCUUGAGAAAAUUACUGAUUUUUGAAUUAGUGAAUAAUGACGUGAUUAAACUCUCAAAUAACU